CAGCCGGGCCGAGGCGGCCGAGCGGCGAGCCGGGCCCACGGAGCCCAGGCGCGCGGCCCCCCGCCCGACCCCGGCCCCCGAUCCCGGGCCCCGCGCGGCCGGAGGAUGUCGGCGGGCGCCCGCGACGAGGAGCGGCGGAAGCUGGCCGACAUCAUCCAGCACUGGAACGCCAACCGGCUGGACCUGUUCGAGAUCAGCCAGCCCACCGAGGAUUUGGAAUUCCAUGGAGUGAUGAGAUUUUAUUUUCAAGAUAAAGCUGCUGGAAACUUUGCAACAAAAUGCAUUCGGGUCUCUAGUACUGCCACCACUCAGGAUGUGAUCGAGACGCUGGCCGAGAAGUUCCGGCCGGAUAUGCGGAUGCUCUCGUCCCCCAAGUACUCGCUCUACGAGGUGCACGUCAGCGGAGAAGAAAGAAGAUUGGAUAUAGACGAGAAGCCCCUAGUUGUGCAGCUGAAUUGGAAUAAAGAUGACCGCGAGGGCAGGUUUGUCCUUAAGAACGAGAACGACGCCGCUCCUCCCAAGAAGGCUCAAAGUAACGGACCUGAAAAGCAGGAAAAAGAAGGCGUUAUCCAGAACUUCAAGAGAACUCUCUCCAAGAAAGAAAAGAAGGAGAAAAAGAAGAGAGAAAAAGAGGCGAUGAGACAAGCAUCUGAUAAAGAUGAUAGACCCUUCCACGGGGAGGACACUGAGAAUUCUCGACUGGCUGCCGAGGUUUACAAAGACAUGCCCGAAACUAGCUUUACCCGAACAAUCUCCAACCCCGAGGUGGUCAUGAAGCGAAGGCGGCAGCAAAAACUGGAAAAGAGGAUGCAGGAGUUUCGGAGCUCAGACGGGCGCCCUGAUUCCGGUGGAACAUUGAGAAUUUAUGCGGAUAGUUUAAAGCCAAAUAUUCCCUACAAGACAAUCCUGCUGUCCACCACGGACCCCGCCGACUUUGCCGUGGCGGAGGCUUUGGAGAAGUACGGUCUGGAGAAGGAGAACCCGAAGGAUUACUGCAUCGCCCGGGUUAUGCUUCCUCCCGGAGCCCAGCAUUCGGACGAGAAAGGUGCUAAAGAAAUUAUCCUGGACGAUGACGAGUGUCCUUUACAGAUCUUCAGGGAAUGGCCUGGUGACAAAGGGAUGCUGGUCUUCCAGCUGAAGAGGAGGCCCCCGGAGCACGUCCCCAAGAAGAGCAAGAAGCACGCGGAGGGGAAGCCGCCCAAGGGGAAGGAGCGGCCCGACGGCUCUGGCUAUGGCUCUGCGCUCCCCCCGGAGAAGCUGCCCUACCUAGUGGAGCUGAGCCCAGGGAGAAGGGGUCACUUUGCCUACUACAGCUAUCACCCUCACGAAGACGGCUCCGACUCCAGAGAUAAGCCAAAGCUUUACCGCCUCCAGUUAAGCGUCACCGAGGUCGGGACGGAGAAGUUCGAUGACAGCUCGAUCCAGUUGUUUGGCUCCGGAGUUCAGCCCCAUCACUGCGACCUCACCAACAUGGACGGGGUGGUCACCGUCACGCCGAGAAGCAUGGAUGCCGAGACCUACGUGGAAGGACAGCGCAUCUCGGAGACGACCAUGCUGCAGAGCGGGAUGAAGGUGCAGUUCGGGGCGUCCCACGUGUUCAAGUUUGUGGACCCCAGCCAGGACCACGUGCUCACCAAGAGGCCGGGGGACGGAGGCCUGGCCGUCAAGGGUCCCAGACAUAAAGCGGGAAUCGUUCAGGAGACAGCUUUCGAUUUAGGAGGAGACGUUCACGGGGGGACGGCCGUAGCGAGCAGUAAGGGCUCCACCCGACCGGACGGCGACAGGGCCCCGUCUGCCUCCAGCAGCGCCGAGCGCGGGAUGGUGAAGCCGAUGGUGCGAAUGGAGCCGCCGCAGGAGCCCCGCAGGCAGGACACCAGACCGCAGGACGCCGCUGGGCCUGAGCUGACGCUGCCCGCGAGCAUCGAAUUCAGGGAAAGUGCUGAGGACUCGUUCUUAUCCGCCAUCAUCAAUUACACCAAUAGCUCGACAGUGCAUUUUAAGUUGUCGCCCACGUACGUGUUGUACAUGGCGUGCCGGCACGUGCUGUCCAGCCAGUACCGCCCGGACGCCAGCCCCGCCGAGCGCACGCACAAGGUCAUCGCCCUCGUCAACAAGAUGGUGAGCAUGAUGGACGGCGUCAUCCAGGAAGUAGACCAGGUGGCUGAGAAACAGAAGAAUAUCGCGGGGGCGCUUGCGUUCUGGAUGGCCAACGCAUCGGAACUCCUCAACUUCAUCAAGCAGGACCGAGACCUCAGUCGAAUCACACUGGAUGCCCAGGAUGUUUUGGCUCACUUGGUUCAAAUGGCCUUUAAAUACCUGGUUCACUGUCUUCAGUCAGAGCUGAACAACUACAUGCCGGCCUUUCUGGACGACCCCGAAGAGAACAGUCUGCAAAGACCAAAAAUAGAGGACGUCCUCCACACGCUCACGGGAGCCAUGUCGCUGCUGCGGCGCUGCCGGGUCAACGCCGCCCUGACCAUCCAGCUCUUCUCCCAGCUCUUCCACUUCAUCAACAUGUGGCUGUUCAACAGGCUGCUGACCGACCCCGAGUCGGGCCUGUGCUCCCACUACUGGGGCGCCAUCGUCCGCCAGCAGCUGGGCCACGUGGAGGCCUGGGCGGAGAAGCAGGGCCUGGAGCUGGCUGCCGACUGCCACCUCAGCAGGGUCGUGCAGGCGACCACCCUGCUCACGAUGGACAAGUACGCCCCGGAGGACGCGGCCGGCAUCAACAGCACCUGCUUCAAGCUGAACUCACUGCAGCUGCAGGCCUUGCUGCACAACUACCACUGUGCGCCCGACGAGCCCCUGGUCCCGCCGGAUCUGAUAGAAAGCGUGGUGGCCGUGGCUGAAAACACGGCGGACGAGCUGGCACGCAGCGACGGGAGGGAGGUACGGCUGGAGGAGGACCCUGACCUGCAGCUGCCCUUCCUGCUGCCGGAGGACGGCUACUCGUGUGACGUCGUCAGAAACAUCCCCAACGGCUUGCAGGAGUUUUUGGAUCCUUUGUGCCAGAGAGGGUUUUGCAGGCUGACGCCCCAGCCGCGCUCUCCGGGUUCCUGGACGAUACAUUUUGAAGGCGCGGAGUACGAGAGUCGCCUCGCGCGGGAGAGCACGGAGCUGGCUCAGCCUCUGAGGAAAGAACCUGAAGUCAUCACUGUGACCCUGAAGAAGCAGAACGGAAUGGGCCUCAGCAUCGUCGCAGCGAAGGGCGCAGGUCAAGACAAACUCGGAAUCUACGUCAAGUCGGUGGUGAGAGGAGGCGCUGCGGACGUGGACGGGCGGCUGGCGGCGGGGGACCAGCUCCUCAGUGUGGACGGACGAAGCCUGGUGGGCCUCUCUCAGGAAAGGGCAGCAGAGCUGAUGACAAGGACGAGUUCCGUGGUGACCCUGGAGGUAGCGAAGCAGGGAGCCAUUUAUCACGGCCUCGCCACCCUGCUCAACCAGCCCUCGCCCAUGAUGCAGAGAAUUUCAGACCGGCGUGGAUCAGGUAAACCCCGACCAAAGAGCGAAGGUUUUGAGCUCUAUAAUAACUCAGCUCAGAACGGGUCCCCCGAGAGCCCCCCGCUGCCCUGGGCCGAGUACAGCGAGCCAAAGAAGCUGCCUGGCGACGAGAGGCUGACGAAGAACCGCGCCGACCACCGCUCCAGCCCCAACGUUGCAAAUCAGCCUCCUAGUCCUGGUGGGAAAGGUGCAUAUGCCGCUGGAACAGCAGCCAAGAUCACAUCCGUCUCCACUGGCAACCUCUGCACCGAGGAACAGACGCCCCCGCCGGGGACGGAGGCCUACCCCAUCCCCACGCAGGCCUACCCCCGAGAGUACUUCACCUUCCCGGCCUCCAGGUCCCAGGACCGCGUGGUCCCCCCCCAGAGCCAGUGGCCAAGCUACGAGGAGAAGCCGCACGCGGACAGCAGCCACUCCAGCCUCGCGGUUCAGCGGGUGACCCGCUCCCAGGAGGAGCUGCGGGAGGACGCGGGGGCCUACCCACUGCACAGGAUGGAGGCGGUGAUGGACCGCAAGUCUGACAGCGACAUGUGGGUCGCCCAGAGCUCCUCGAUGGGCUCCAGCGCGUCCAGCCAGGAGCACCUGGACCCCUCUUCCAAGGCGGGCACCCCCGCGUCCACCCUCACCAAGAGCGGCCCGGGGCGCUGGAAGACCCCUGCAGUUCUGCAGCCCGCGCCCGGCCCCCAGCCGCUCCGGACCGACCUGCCCCCGCCGCCCACGCACUACGCCGGCGACGUGGACGGCGUCCCCGUGGACCUGCCCCUCCCGCCGCCUCCGGCUGCCGCGGGCCAGGGGCUCGCCGGGGGCCAGGGGGCCGCCGAGCGGAAGAAGCGGGAGGAGCAGCAGCGCUGGUACGAGAAGGAGAAGGCGCGCCUGGAGGAGGAGCGCGAGCGCAAGCGGCGCGAGCAGGAGCGCAAGCUGGGCCAGAUGCGCUCGCAGGCGCUGCUCCCCGCCCCGCUCUCCCCCGGCGCCGCCAAGCCCGCCGCCCCGGGGCCCCAGGACACCGUCAUCCGGGAGCUGCAGCCUCAGCAGCAGCCGCGCACCAUCGAGCGCAGGGACCUGCAGUACAUCACCGUCAGCCGGGAGGAGCUCUCGGCCGGCGACAGCCUGUCCCCCGACCCCUGGAAGCGCGACGCGCGGGAGAAGCUGGAGAAGCAGCAGCAGAUGCACGUGGUGGACCUGCUGAGCCGGGAGAUUCACGAGCUGCAGAGCAAGGCCGAGCGCUCGGCGGAGGAGAGCGGCCGCCUGCGCAAGCUCAUGCUGGAGUGGCAGUUCCAGAAGCGGCUGCAGGAGUCCAAGCAGAAGGACGAGGACGACGACGAGGAGGAGGACGACGACGUGGACACCAUGCUGAUCAUGCAGCGCCUGGAGGCCGAGCGCAGAGCGCGGCAGACUGCUGUGCCAGCAAUCUCUGUUCUAGAUUUGUUGCAGGACGAGGAGCGGAGGCGGCAGCAGCAGCUGGAGGAGAUGCGGCAGCGGGAGGCGGAGGAGCGUGCCCGCCACGAGGAGGAGCGGCGGCGCCAGGAGGAGGAGCGGCUGAAGCGCGAGGCCGAGGAAAAGAGGCGCCAGGAGGAGGGGUACUACAGCCGCCUGGAGGCCGAGCGGCGCAGACAGCACGAGGAGGCUGAGCGCCGGCUGCUGGAGCCCGAGGAGCCGGGCCUGGGCCGCCCCCCGCUCCCGCGGGGCUACGAGCCCCCCGGCCCCGCGCCGCCGCCCCCGCCCCAGCGCGCCGCCUCCUACCUGCAGGCCCAGGUCCUGUCCCCCGACUCCCUGUACACCGCCAAGUUCGUGGCCUACGACGACGAUGACGAGGAGGAGGACGGCCCUGCAGGGCCCGCCUCGUACAUGGGAUCUACGGGGACGCUGCUGGGCGCCCACGAUGGCUCUCGGGACCCAAGAGAGACACUGUCCAAAAGCCAGGACGCGGACGUGCCAGGCGGGCCUGAGAGCCUGACCUUCCGGGAGCGCCAGCGCCUCUUCUCCCAGGGCCACGAGGUCUCCAGUAAGGUGAAAGCCUCCCGCCGGCUGACAGAGCUGGAGAACGAGCUGAACACCAAGUGAGCGGCCCAAGCGCCUCCGAGGAGGGCACCCGCCUCCCAGGGCGGCGUUGGGAGUGUGCCCGCGCUCAGAAGUGCUUGACUUUCACAGGAGACUCUGGUUGGUACAGUUCUCUGACUCCCAUGCAGACAGCUUUUUUGUGAGUUUCCUUCUUAGAUCCUGGGCUGGGGGAGCAGACUGGAGGGCCCUGGGGGUGGGGAGUCCGCCCUCCCCGCCACGCAGCACAAAGUCGCCCUCUCUGUUCUUCUUCAAAAACCCGGUUCGGCUCUCGAACAGCAAAGCCUCCCAGAUGUGCGUGCGUGCGUGCUUGCGUGCGUCGGGAGUGUCAGGUCUUCUCCGCCAGGAGGGCGCCUGUCUGUAGGAGACCCGCCCCGAGCUCGGCACCAAGCUCCCAAAGGGACGCUGCCCCCUCCUGUCCCAACAGGGCAGCCCCCGGGGUAGCUCUGAGCGUCCGAUUGGAAAAGCUUCUCCCAGAAAAUGUUGGGGUUCCAGCCUGGGAGAUUUUAGGUCUAUAAAUACCAGAUGGCUGUUACACCAGCAAAGCCUUGGGGGCUUGGAAGACGACAGUCCAGUUAGUUCACGAGCUGUUCCAAGUGUUCCGAGGGCGUCUGUCCUGAGCUGAACAGUGGCGUGGACGUGAUGAGGAACAGAAACACCUGAGAAGCCUGGGCGCUUCGGAGGCGGCAUGGAGCACAGCCCUGCUCAGAAAUGCAGAACGCGAACCCUCGGUUUCCAGGCUCUGCUGUCAGGGCGCCUGUCACUUAAAUGCUGUAAGAGUAACUCGUGUGGCGGUUCCGGCUAUUUUUCUACAUUCUGAUAGAGUUAUUUAAUUUUCAUGUACUGAUCAUUAGUUACCACUGUCACUUCCUCCGCUGUGAACACAGGGCCGCUGUCAGGGAGACGGGCCUCGCUCUGUUCUCUGACACGCGAUGUUCCGACACUAAAUGACCUUGUGCCCAUGGGCCGAUUGUCCAUCUGACGUGCGCGCUGUGGCCCUGGAUGGUUGUCUGUGCCAUGUCAUUCUCUCCCACGCGGGCACACUUUGCAGUAGAGACGCAGAGGCUCUCCAGCCCCGGAAGUCACUUGCCUGAGCGCUGUGUGAGAAUUUGUGAGGACACGAGUGUAAAGAACGGCCGUGUCUGUCGGGGCUCUGCUUUGGAAGUGUGCUGUGCCCACGCCACGCAGGGGAGUGAAACGGCGCCACGUGCUCAUGAAGGAUUGCAUGCUUGCUCCCGAAGUGCCGGGCAGAGCGGGCCCUCUCGAGUUCUCGCCAACACCGCAGCCUUGGAGGACUAAAUCCACACUUUCUUUGAAGAAAAAGACGCAGGCGAACGAUGUUUCUGCUAAUACAUAGAAAAACAACAAACACACCUGAGUACAUGCAAAUACAUGUAAAUACCUACGUGCAGGGAUAUUUGUAUGUGUGGUGGUAAACCUGUAACACGUGGAUUCGGCCAUCCUCGGACGAGGGGCCAGAUGUGAAAAUGUGUGAGAGUGCUUUUCUUGACUGCGUUCCUGGGGAGAGGACAUCAAACUGCUGUAGUUUCCAUUUCUACUGUAUUUCAUUCGCGGCCUAUUUUUAAUAAACUUUGUAUGUAUUUA